AUGCUUGAUUCUGGGUCUGAUAUCAGUCUCAUUAAUAAAAACUUAAUUAAACAGCUACUCACUAAAGAUGAAAUCGAAAAAUAUAAAAAACCUUGUCUCAUUUCCGUGGAAUCUUUUAGUAAUCAUUCCAUCAAGUUAGAUUAUAAUAUCGCAAUCCCUUGUAAAUUCUCUUUAUCUCAAACUGAGCCCACCUUUUUAGAAUUUAGUGUAUUUUCCCAUCAAUCUGCAUUUCCGAUUCUUCUAGGUCAAGAUUUGAUGCAGAUUCUCGGCAUGGAAUUAAAAUUCCCGGCUCUAAAUAAACCUGGGAACCCAACUGUAACUAUUAACCACCCUGUUCUUAAACAUUUACGCGUUAAAUUUAUUCAUCCUAGUGAGUCUCAGACUUGUUUUGCUAACAUUGACCUUGAACCUAACCAAUCAAAAAUUAUCACUUUCCAACCUCACGAAACCGCUAAUGUGCGUAAAGGGCAAACAUUUUUAGUUUCUGAAUCGAAUUUAGCAGGAAUUCAUAUUUUUCCCACUCGUUGUUCGGCCUAUGCUUUAAAUAAUCAACCCUUGGCCGCCCAAGUUAUAAAUCUUAGAAAUAAACACUUUAUUGGAAAAUUAAGGGGGAAGAUUGAAUCUUUAAAUGAUUCAGACAUUCUUAUUGACCCAAAUAAAAUCUCGAAUCUUCCUAAGACCAACACUAUAAUUCAUGAGGUUCUAAAUUUUGAAAACCACCUUCCUGACCGCCCAAUGAAUCAAAUAAAAUUGUUAGAACCAUUACCGGAUGCCGGUCAGCCUAUUAUACCGCUAACGUCAUUUUUAAUUUUAACACCUUACGAAUCCAAAUUCAGUUCCUCUUAUAAAUCAAAUCCUAACCAAAAGACGGCUGAACCAAAUCAUACUUUGAAAAAACUGCAAAAUGAGCAGGCCUCUUUAAACCCUGUUGAAAUCAAAACCUUUGAAAACAAAUUACAGAAUAUGACCUUUAACACUGCUCCACCACAGUCUGAUUUUAAUUCAUAUGGGGAACUUGAUCACAUUCCAGACACGAUCACGGACCCUCAAGGUUACGGUCAACCCGAUCUUAAUACAACAAUCCAUGAUAUUGUCUGCUUGGAAAACUUUGCAAAAACACAUCAGCCUUAUAUAAAACAUAUUUUUAUCGACAAAUAUCCUUCAGUAGUUAGCUUGCAUGCUUAUGAUAUAGGAUCUCUCUCUCAAAGUUUAGGGCUAUAUCAUAUACAACUGAAACCUGGUGAAAGUUUGCCAAAAUUUCGAAAAGUUUAUUAUUUAGCUCAAGAGGAAAGAGAACAUAUGCGUUCUAUUUUAGAAUUUCUAGAAAAAUAUCAAAUAAUUGAACGCGUUCCGCCAGAUGACCGAGGUCAUGACCUAAUAGCUAGCCCCUGCUAUCUUGUUGGGAAAAAGGACAAAUCGCAAAGUUAUCGAAUGGUUAUCGAUUAUAGAAUUGUAAACAAAGUUAUUAGCACACCUGUACCCUUAAUCCCGGAUAUCAUCCCUACUUUACAUACUUUACAUAAUCAGGCUUUAUUUACGCUAUUCGACCUUUCCUCAGCAUAUUACAGCCUUUCAGUUACAAAAGAAAGCCAACAUAUCACAACUUUUGCGUGCCCUUUGGGCAAAUAUGUUUUUAAAAAGUGCCCCAUGGGACUUUCCUCCAUGCCAGCAAUUUUUCAAGAAAUAGCGCUAAAAAUGCUCCAUUAUGCUCCAGUACUAGGUCCAGAUAAUCAACCUAUUUUCGUUAAUCCAAAUCAAAUGAAACUUGAAUGGGAUCCAAUUCCACAAACAACUUUAUUUUUUGAUGACCUCCUAGUUUAUUCUCCUUUAGAAGCAACCUUUGCAUUAACUUUAACUAAACAUUUUCAAUUAGUUGAAAAAGUCAUACAACGUUUAGCCUUACACAAAGCCAAAAUCGGUUUUCAAAAAAGUGUUUUUGCCCAAUCAAAAAUUAAAUAUCUAGGAUGGAUUAUUUCUAAUAAUGUCAUUGAACCUGAUAAGCAACGUGUCGAUAAAUUACUAAAUGCACCUUUUCCAAUUAAUCAAAAGGCCAUGCGAUCUUUUUGUGCCUUACUAAAUACCAUAAAAAUAGUCUCUCCCUUUACUCUUAUGAAACCCUUGAAAGUUUUGCUCCCUUUAACCGGAUCGAACGUAAAAUAUGACCCCAAACCCGUGCAUCAUGAAGCUUUUGCAGAAAUGAAAACAUUAUUAACUACCACUCCACUUUUUUCGAACAUUGUAAACCCGAAAUUGCCAAAAAUUUUGUUUACUGAUGCGAGUGCAUCCAAAGGCGCAUGUUUUUCGGCAGUUUUAGGCCAAGUAUCUACCCUCACUCCAGAUAAACUAGUAGUCCCUCCAUAUUUAUCUUUAAACGAUCCCGUUCACGCAAUACUCUAUGAUAAACGACUAUGUUUUCAACCUUGUGAUCUUUAUCUGCAUGACACUUUUAUUCCUAAGUCCAAAUUAAAGAAAAACAGCAAAUUAAAUCCCAUCCCUGACUUGUCAUAUCUUCAAUGCCCAUACCUAGGAUACUCGGCAGAUACCGUAAAAGAUUCUCUCUUUAUUUCCAUUAGAUCUAUUCAAUAUAUUUAUCAAUGUUCUUUUUUUACAAUCGCGCACUUAAGAAAAAUUACGAUUCAAAGAGCAGCCGACAGUUUAAUUAUUAAACAAAAAAUCUUACAAAACCAAUUUAAUAACAAUUUAGAAAACUAUAAACUUUUUACGAAUAACUUUCUUUUUCACCAGGGUCCUCUCGAUGACAAUUUUGAACUUCUUGCAGCCCUAGCAAUGUCUAUUUUUAGAACCAUAAUAGUUAUCUCAUCUUUAGACAUUCAUGCCCAUAACCCUAUUCUUAAAUUUAACCCACAUGUAGAAAAACCCCCAUUUAUUUUAGGUCUUUAUAAAAAAUCGAACUUUUAUAUUUUUCGCCCAUACUUCAUUGACAAAAACUCAGACUUUGACCUCAAACAAUUAGAAAAAUUUCAAAUCGUUCAUUUUUGGUCAAAAAUUAUCCCAGACACUUAUAUCACAAAACCCAUCUUGGAACUAGAACUCAUGGCUUUACUAUUAGCUUUAAAUGGUUUAGAUAAGUUGAUUGGAAACAGUGAACUUUUGGCCAUAACAGAUUCUAAAAGUUUGUUUCUGUUAUUUGCUAAUCCCCUUCAUAAAUCCUCCACUAAAAUUGCUAGAUGGAGCGAUAAACUAUAUAGCGACUAUCCUAAUUUGAAAUUACGUUUUUUGAAUACUAAAUUAAAUAUAGCAGACUUUUUGUCUCGUGAUUUUGCAAUUGAUACUUCUGAUAUAAAACGUAUCCCACUUGGCAAUUAUGCUGUACCUGAACUUGACCAAUAUUUAGAUUUUUCCAAAACUUUUUCUAUUCUUGAAUGGAAGGACUUUGUGAAUAAAAACUUACACUUGCUUAAAGUCAUUUCCAUGGAUCCAACUAACAAAGUUGUUCUUUCUCUUAAUAAAACAGUUCAGGAUAUGAACAAACUCUUGGAGCCUGUUAAUGCCUUAAAGAAACGAUUAUCUUUUGAAAACAUUGCUGUUCAACAAAAACUUCAAUUUAAUCACAUAAUUACAAAUUGCCUUAAUUCUGAUAAUCAAACUUUUACAUGUGAUAAUAAACAAUAUGUUUAUAAAAAUGGACUUUUGUACUGCCAUGAUCAUGGAGUCCAACGUAUUGUUAUUCCUAAAUCCCUUGAAGGUCUCAUGAUUGCUCAUUAUCAUUUAGCUUAUGCUCAUGCCGGACUUGCAAAAAUGUCAGCUCUUAUGUUUUCCUAUUACUUUCCGCAAAAAACUGAUAAAAUAAAAAAUUUGGCAGCCCGCUGUCACCCUUGUGCUCUUAAUAAUAUGAAUAAUAAAAAACAUAAAUCCGGAAGUUAUCCUUUGCCGCAAAAUGUAUUUACAACAGUUUUUGCAGAUUUAGCUGAAAACCUAAACCCCAAUGCAGGUUUUCAGCAUCUUUUAAUUAUUGUGUGUGCCUUAUCUGGCUUCAUACGAGUAUAUCCGCUUAAAUCUAAAACUUCUGAAAAAAUUCUGUUUCAUAUUAUUUAUGACAUUUUUCAAUAUUUUAAUAUUAAAUUUUUUGUAAGUGACAAUGCGCCAUGUUUUAGUGACAAACAUUUUCUAGCUACACUGCAAAUUCUAGGUAUUAAAAAGAUCCAAAUUGCUUCUUUAUCUCCCACUUCAAACCCAAUUGCUGAGAGAUCAGUAGGAAUUGUCAAAAAACUGUUGAAAAAGACCUUAACCACUUUUGACUCUUAUAGCUGGAAUACAGUACUACCCAUUGUCUUAAAACAGUAUAAUGCAUCAGUCUGUGUCAAGACUAAUUACUCUCCAUUAACCAUGUUACAUGGAAUUAAUUCAGUUCAUAAUGAAUCAAUCCUAGCUAACCCCCUCCCAGCUAAGUUGUACCCUCUACUGGAAAAUCAUAAAACAUUUGUAGAACAGAAAUUCCGAGAAAAAGAGGCAAUCCUCAAAUUUGUCAAAGAUUUACUCUAUGAGCACAAAAUUGCUUCACAAGAAAAAUUUGAUAAACAUAAAGUUUCCCAUAACUUUCAAAAAGGGGAUUAUGUCUUCUUAAAGGAUACUAAAAUCACUUUGGGCGCUGCUCGGCCCCUGAGGAGUUACUAUAGUAAUGACCCAUAUGUAGUUUUGCAAGUUAAACAUACAACUCUACUAUUACAACGUUUAUCUGACGGAUUCCAGUCAGUAUACAAUAUGAACGCUGUAAAAAAGUAUUCCCCUUUGAAUGCCGAAUUUUCCGACCUUCCAAUCCCAGUCAGAGAAAUUUUAGUUCACACCUUUGAUAAAUUAGAUAAAUUACAAUUUGAAAAACUCAGAGAAUUGGGAUCCUUAGACCAUCCCAAUGGGAAUAUCUUAGAUUAUGAAUUACUAGCUGAAAACCAAUUAGAUGAUGAACCAACUAAUGAUAACUCUCAGUAUCCCCCUGACCUUACUUAUUCUGAAACAAAUACUAAUGAUAAUCAUAAUGAAAUUAUUAAUUCAGUUGAAACUGCCGAAAACCUGGAGUCAAAACAAGAGAACAUUGACCAGCCUAAGCAUUCUAAAGAACAAUCUGCGGAAGAUACUAAACCUAAGAAAAUCAAAGCGGGUGGUACCCCUUUCACCAUCAAAACCAGAGCGGCCAAACGAAAAGAAAUUCUAGAGUCAGAAUCGGAUUCUGACUUAGAAGAGUCCAAAAAGGUAUCCUUUGACCUCAAAGCAUAAUGCCAUGCUUCCAAAUGUCGAACCUUUUUCCUCUAUCCUCACCAAAACAUCAGUCUUCUUUUCAAAACUGCUGCACAAAUGACCUUUCAAUAGAGAUGAUGAAAAACUCCAACAAUCUAUCCUUGCAAACUUUUGCUAUGAUUGAAGUACAUAAGAAUAUUCCCAAGUGGUCUAAUCACUUAUCAAUGACAACCACCCAAUUUAUCCUCAAUUUAUGUAUCCCAAAACGCCUAAUUACUCGCCUGUACAUUCAUUACAUAUGCUGUGAUCUACAUAAUGAAACGGCUCAUAAUAAAAGGGCAUUGUAUCUU